AUGAAGUCAGAUGCUCAAAGGCUUCAUAUUACUGAGCAGCCUCUCACCUUGAGUAACUGGCACCGCCAUGUUAAUUGGAUCAACACAAGCCUGAUACUAAUCGUACCUCUCUUCGGCUGUAUCGCUGCCUUUUUCACAGAGUUGCGUCUUGCAACAGCCGUCUGGGCAAUUGUGUAUUAUUUCUGGACAGGUCUUGGAAUCACAGCUGGUUAUCAUCGCCUUUGGGCUCAUCGUUCAUAUGAGGCGAGCGUACCGUUGAGAAUAUUCCUUGCCUGUGUUGGGGGUGGUGCUGUUCAGGGUUCUAUCCGUUGGUGGAGUAGCAAGCACCGCGCCCACCACAGAUGGACUGAUACCGUCAAAGACCCGUAUAGCGUUCGGAAGGGCGUGUGGUACUCCCAUUUCAUGUGGAUGGUUAUGAAGCAGAAUCCCAAGGACCAGGGUCGGACCGAUAUCUCGGAUUUGAAUCAGGACCCGAUUGUUGUGUGGCAGCAUAAGAACUAUGGAGUGUUCAUCCUGUCUUUUGGUAUAUUAUUCCCUAUGGCCGUUGCAGGGCUGGGUUGGGGUGAUUGGAAAGGUGGUUUGGUAUAUGCAGGUAUCUUGAGAUUCCUGUUUGUUCAACAGGCAACGUUCUGUGUCAACUCCUUGGCUCAUUGGCUGGGCGAACAGCCUUUUGAUGAUCGAAACUCACCGCGUGAUCAUGUUGUUACUGCAUUAGUCACUUUAGGUGAAGGGUAUCACAAUUUUCACCAUGAGUUUCCCUCGGACUACCGCAACGCUAUCGAAUGGUGGCAAUAUGAUCCUACCAAAUGGUCAAUCUGGAUGUGGAAGCAGCUUGGUCUGGCUUCAAAUCUCAAACAGUUUCGUGCAAAUGAGAUUGAAAAAGGCCGUGUCCAGCAACUUCAGAAGAAAGUCGACCAGAAGCGAGCUACGUUGGACUGGGGUGUUCCUCUUGAACAUCUGCCUGUUGUCUCAUGGGAUGAUUUCUUGGUUGAAGCCCAGAGCGGCAAAGCUCUAACUGUUAUUGCUGGCGUUAUUCACGACGUGACAGGCUUUGUCAACGAACAUCCCGGCGGCAAGACCCUGAUCAGUUCAGCUAUCGGAAAGGAUGCAACGGCUCUGUUCAAUGGUGGAGUGUACAGUCACUCAAAUGCGGCGCAUAAUCUUCUUUCCACGAUGAGAAUUGGUGUAAUCCGGGGAGGUGGUGAGGUGGAAAUAUGGCGACUGAGAAACAGUGAUAAGCAAUCAUCGGAUUAG